ACUCUCAUUACAGAACAGCUGUGGAGGACCGACAGGAGGCAUGACAGAGGAGAAAUGUCCCCAGCUGGUGGACUACUUUGUAGUGGCAGGUCUCGACCCUGCGGGGCCCUGGAGGCCCCUGGACGAGGAUGGCAAGACCUCCACCUCUUCCUCGACAUCCUCCUCCUCGUCCUCGAGCCGGGCAGUGGAGCCGGUGACGGACCUGGUGGUGAUCGCCCGGGGACUUGGGGAGGAGGUGCCGGAAGGCUUCACCUGCAUCGAGAAGACACUGGGUGGACACUCGGCCGAGCUGAGCGCUGGCCUUAUCAACAACCCACACCUGUUCUUGUGCUACCGACGAGGACGGGACAAACCGCCCAUACUGGACCUGGGGGUUCUGUAUGAGGGGAAGGAGCAGCUAAAGCAGGGCUGGUACGUCAUCGAGACCACUCCCUACAGCCGCUCGGCCAGCCUGAGCUCUGGCGGCGGUCCGACGGCCCACCGGGUUUUCCUGACGUACCGGCGAGCUCUGGACUCACAGGGCCUCCACACGCUGGGCGUCACCGACAUCGCCCUGCUGCUGCCCAGCAAGGGGGAGGUGGCGCCGCACACCUUCUGCAGGGUCGACAAGAACCUCAACACUGGCAUGUGGGGUCCAGGUCUAUAUGUGUGCUACAAGAGAGCUGUGGCCAAAGCUAACGCCCUGGUGUACGAAGCCAGUCUGAUCAGCCGCUACCCAGAGGACGACCUGGAGGCCUUCCCUCUGCCCGAGUCGGUGCCCGUCUUCUGCCUGCCGAUGGGCGUCACCGUGGAGAGCUGGCCUUUGAACACCAAGUACCAGCUGCCCGUCUUCUCCACCUUUGUCCUCACCACUGCCUCCGGGGACAAGGUGUACGGAGCUGCCAUCCAGUUCUACGAGUCGUUCUCCAGGGAGCUGCUGUCGGAGCGGCAGAGCGUCCGGCUCGGUCUGCUCAGCGUGGUCGACCGGCGGCCGAUAACCAGCCGCACCCUGCAGGUGAAGAAGAGCAUCUGCGUCCUCUCACACUGGCCCUUCUUCACCGUCUUCCAGAAGUUCCUCACCUUCGUCUACAGAUACUCCAUCUCCGGGCCCCAUGUCCUGCCGAUAGAGAAACACAUCUCCAGCUUCAUGCACAACGUCCCGUUUCCAUCACCACAGCGUCCUCGAAUCCUCGUUCAGCUCUCUCCGUACGACAACCUGCUGCUCUGCCAGCCGGUCUCCUCCCCACUCCCACUCAGCGGUGCAAGCUUUCUGAAGCUGCUGCAGAACCUCGGUCCAGAGAACGCCUGCACGCUGCUGCUCACCGUCCUCACCGAACAAAAGCUGCUGCUGCACUCGCUGCGACCCGACGUCCUCACAUCCGUCAGCGAAGCCCUCGUCUCUAUGAGCUUCCCCCUGCUCUGGUCCUGCCCCUACAUCCCGCUGUGUCCGCUGCAGAUGGCCGACGUGCUGCUGGCGCCGGUGCCCUUCAUCGUGGGCGUCCACUCCAGCUACUUCGACCUGUACGACCCCCCAACCGACGUCGUGUGUGUUGACCUCGACACCAACACCAUCUUCCAGUCCGAGGAUAAAAAGCCGUUGUCAUGGCGAUCGUUACCCAGGAAGCACGGCAAGACUUUGUUCAACACCCUCACCAACCUCCACAAGACGCUGGAGAAGAUUUGCACUCCCGGCCAAGAGGAGGCGACGCUGGAGUUCCUGCUGACCGACUACGAUCAGAUCUACCGCCGUCAGAAGCAGCUGGAGCUGGAGAUCCAGGAGGCCUUCCUGCGCUUCAUGAGCUGCCUGCUGCGAGGAUACCGAACCUUCCUGCUGCCCAUCACGCAGGCGCCAUCCGACACCGCCACCGACUGCAGCUCGCUCUUCAACCUUCAGGGUUUCCUAAAGUCUCGCGAUCGAACGCAACAGAAGUUCUACACUCAGCUGACAAAGACUCAGAUGUUCACUCAGUUCAUCCAGGAGUGCUCCUUCGUCAGCGACCGGCACGCCUGCCUCGAGUUCUUCGAUGAGUGCGUCCAGAAGGUGGAUGUGGAGAAGCCAGAGGAGGUGAGGCUGGUCGACCUGGACGAGACUCACAGCGGAGAACACACCGUGUUCAUCAUGCCUCCUGAAGAACCGCAGGAACCCGACGGGUCCGAGUGUCCUGCCCUCUACAGUUAUGAGACUUUCCCCACCCUGAAACCAGAGCUCUUCGAUCAACCCCAGGACCAGCUAAGAGUCCCGACCAAAGGCAGCGCCCCCAGCAGCCCCGCUCCCCGACGCACCAAACAGGAGAUCAAACUGGCCCAGAAGCGAGCUCAGAAGUACUCAGCGGUACCGGACAUGUGGUCCAAGUGCCUACUGGGUCACUGCUACGGCCUCUGGUUCAUCUACCUGCCCACCUUCGUCCGGGCCGAGACCGCCAAAGUACGAACCCUGCACACGGCCUACGAUGUCCUCAAACACAUGGAGAACCGGAAGGUGGUGCUGCCGGACGAGGUGUGUUACCGCAUCCUGAUGCAGCUGUGUGGUCAGUACGGUCAGCCGGUUCUUGCCGUUCGAGUCCUGCUGGAAAUGAAGAAGGCUGGAAUAACUCCCAACACCAUCACCUACGGAUACUACAACAAGGCAGUGCUGGAGAGCAAGUGGCCGUCCACCAAUCAGGGUGGACGUCUCCGCUGGGCCAAGCUGAGGAACGUCCUAUUGGCUGUGGCCCAGUUCAGGCAGCCAAUCAAACGGCGGCAGAAGAGUGGCUCCGUGGGGUCGCGAGGAGAAGCCAUGAUGGACCCUGAUCAGAGGCCCCGCCCCCACUCAACUCUGAUUCGUCAGUCCAGCUGGAGCGGUCUGAGUGAAAGCUCCAGUCACGAAUCUCUGACCGGACCGUUGGUGAAGAGCAACAGUCUGAACAGCAUGAAGACGCCGAACGACAAGGUCAAACUCUGUCAGAAGACCAUCCUCCGUAACGCAGGGACCAAUGGCUGUGAGGACGCCGUCUCCCGUAAACCUCCUUUGGGUCGUCGAGAUGCCUCCACACCUCCUCCAGCGCCUCCCUGUGGAGUUCUGGUCCGGCGGAGUGAGGUUUGCCUCUCCAACUUCUACAAAGAGUGCGCAGAAUCGGCAGACUCUGAGCUGGACUGCAGCUGUCAGCCUGCAGAGAGGGAUGGCAGACCUGCUGCAACGCGAGACUCAGGCGGCAGGAACAAAGGCGUAGAUGAGAAUUACAACAACGUGUCGUCCCCGAGUCGAGGAGGGCUGGCAGGGAAGUUACAGCAGCUCCUCACGCCGACCAGACACAGAGUGUCGGUGCGACGAGCCGCCAGUGUGGACGACCGGCGACCGGGAGGAGGAGGAGGAAUCGGUAGGAGAGUGUCGGAGCAGAGGCAGUCCAGGAAAGCUCAAGUGGCCGAAACUCUGCUGAAAGCCAAGGAGAGGCUGGUCAGCGCUACCUCAGAGAGCUCGCUGUCUGUAGGAAGCGACCUGGACCUGACAGACACACCUAGUCCAGCCUAUCCACUGCGCAGGUCCUGGGACGCCAACCAGGAGGGUGCUGGGAUGGAGGUGUUGAUGUCCAGCUGCUCUCUGUGUCGCAGCUGCAACUCGCUGGUUUACGACGAGGAGAUUAUGGCCGGCUGGACGUCAGACGACUCCAACCUGAACUCGUCCUGCCCGUUCUGCUGCGCCUCCUUCGUGCCCUUCCUGAAUGCUGAGAUCUGCGACCUCGGACCCAUCAGCAGUGCUGAACGCAGUAACUGGAACAUGGAGGACGAGGUGGAGAACGCCGUCCGGCCCCCCAGUGUUCACGACGCCUCCCCUCGACCACAAUGCAAUGGCCUGAGUGAGGACUCCAGCUCUGAGACCAGCAGCUACUCUGAUACUAGUACCUGGGGUUCGUCGGUGGGCCGGUGCUCUCAGGUGACGGUAGCUUACCUGAGCCCUCUGGUCCUGAGGAAGGAGCUGGAGAGUCUGCUGGAGAACGAGGGCGAGUCGGUGCUGGCCCAGCCUCAGUUCCUGGACAGCCACUCCAUCAUCUUCUGGAACCUGGUGUGGUACUUCCAGCGCCUCGGCCUCCACAACCUGCUGCAGCUGGUCCGAGCAUCGCCGCUGGUCAGCCAGUUCACGCAGUCGGAGAACUCGGCAGUGAGGGUCCCUCUGUGGGACACUCUGACCCCCGACACUGACCAGUGGCCUCCGCUCUACGUCCUCUGGAGGAUCCACAGUGGCGUCCCGAUGGGAAACUACAGCUGGCGGCGACACAAACACCCGUUCACGCUGUCCUUCCUGGAGGAGGUGCUGCGGUGGGUCGGCAUGAACGAGGUGCACAAGGCCGUCACGCUCUUCCUGGACACGCUGGCCAAACAGCAGGGAUCUCCGAGGAUCCAGAGGAGUCUGUACAGAGAGUUCCUCUUCCUCACUCUGGCAGCUAUGGGCAAAGAUCAUGUCGCUGCGUUCGAUAAGAAGUACAAGGCGGCAUACUCCCGGCUCAGCGGCACUCUGGGUCGAGAGGAGCUCCGGAAGAAGCGAGCUCAGCCUCCGAGCCCCAAAGCCGUCGACUGCAGACGCAGCUUCCACCCGCCUCUUGAAUGCUGAAGAAGCUAAAACCUCCCUGCAGUGUUGGAUCCCCGCUGCCUUCGCCUGCUCGUGUUCUUCACCUCUCUGCUGCCUCCUGGUGGAUGUCGGGGCAACAUGCCCCUUCCUGCCCUCUGUACCUCUGUCGCCUCGUCGGUGUGAAUCCAGCUGCUCCACGCCUCCAUUAAAGAACCUGAAAGUCGAUCUGGCAGCAGCAGACGGAGCUACAAACUCGACUGAAAUGCACUUUUCUAAACUGAGCUGUGAUCUGUGCAGGAAACGGUUAGAAGCUGCAUGUCUAGAAGGGUCGGUUUUUGUUUUAACUACACAACACGAUGAUAACCUGUUGACCUGCAGGAGCUUGAGGGAACGUUUUAACCACAGAGUUGCAGGAUUCACUACUUUUAGUUUGAUCAUGGAGGACAUUUAGGAUUUUAUGAGGAAAAAGGUGAAGUAAGGAUUAAAAAAGAAGUCUCCGUGUGUUUGGCUGUAAGGAUGAUCCAGGCAGCGAAGGUCAGUUUUUCAAAGGGAAUAAGGUAAGUAACCAGCAUCCAUCUUUAAACACACAGGAAGCAGAAGUCUUCACACUCCAGAAAUCUUCCAAAAAGUCGAUCCCACUGCUGAGCGUGAAGCUGAAGUUAAGAAUCCACUGGAGAAACAAACACAAGGAGCUGCCUCAAAGUUUGGAUCUUCCAGAAGCUGUUGGGUUGUUUUAAAAUGAAACUGCAGCACAGUUUGAACUCUUUCUGAUUUGAUCAAAGCGGCCAAGAAGUGAAGAAUUCGCUUGGAUCAUCCUCAUCACCGGCUCUCAAAGAUUUAAGUUCAGCAAAACAGGAAAGAUUGGAUUUUUUUUAAGAAUCUUGUUGGAAGCUCAACUGGUUUGUCUCACAAUUGUUUUCAUUCCUCCAAACAUCAUAAAUUCUUUUGUUCACAUCCUAUCUACAACCUAGAAGAAACACUGAUUACUCCUCAAACAAAUUGCUGAUUCCAUUCCAAAAGGUUCUGUGCUUUUAGAGAGUUUGGAGGGUGAAAUAAUCUCUGUGGAAGGUGGAUUUUCAUGCUGGAAAAACAAAAACAUCCAAUAUUUCUUCUUCAGAUUCUCCUGUCUAAAACCACCAACACAAAGCUCUGCUUCUUUGAAAAAUGCAUCUGGUAAAUCCCUAAAAGAUCUUUCAAAAUAAGGAAAAAGACGCCUGGUUUCACCUUCCUGUCUGCUUGUUUGUUUGUUUGUUUGUUUGUUUGCUAACAGUUUGCUCCAGGGCGCCUCGGCAGCAGCAGCAGAUUCAAACCUGCCAUUUUUAGUCAAGCUCAGUCACAGUCAGCCUGAAUUUAGAACAACAAACAAACACUGGAAAUAGAAAAACAUCUUCUUUUCACUCUUUAAAUUAGAGCUGAAGGUGAGUCGAUGAAACUAAUAAUUCAUUUUCAGAUCCAGCUCCUCGUUUGUGUCUGUUUGCUGAACUCGAAAAUAACGAUUUACUUAAAGACGCUUAAACCUUCUGCCCCAAAACACACAGUUAAAAAUCUACCUUUUUUUCAGCUUCUUUCUCAUAAAUGUCGUUUUUGUGUUCUUUCUUUUAUUUUAGGAUAUCAAACUCUGAGAAAUAAAAUUCAGUGUGAAUCUCAUUUAAAAACUCUCUCCUCUGUGCAGGAGAUAUUUGCAGAAUAUUUAAAAGCACUCAUCAAAGAAAAGUGAUUUAAAUUUGGUAACUUUUAUUCUUUGAGAUGCGACCUGGAAAAUGUGGUUUGAAGAGUGUUUGCAGAUUCUGUAAAUAUCAUCAGAGCUUUAAACUCUAAAAAAAAGAAGCAGCUUCAUGCAAACUUCUAAUCUUCUGCACAAAACUAGGUUUCAGCUGCUGCUUGGUUUCUCAUUAAAGGAGCAGUUUGAGAUUUUCACAUCAGUUUGUGCUGCAGCCGAGCAGCCCGGAGCUAAACUGCUGUGUCUCUGCAAUCAGUGACUCAAAGUGGACGUCUGCUGUCGGAGUUUAGUUUUCUGUGCUGAGGACCUGAAAGUUCAGAGAGCGAAGGACGUUUCAGUGCAGCAGAUCUGACUGAUGAAACAACCCCAUUCUGUAUAUUCUGUUUCAAUGCACCGGACUGCCGCUGAUCUACAUUUAAAGGAAUUCACUGACCUCCGUCGACUGUUUUAUUCGUCGAGUUGGAGCAGCCAGUGCAGACGGGACGAGUGUAUUUAAAACUGAUAAUUGUGUUUGCUGUUGUAAUUUAUAUCUGGCUGUGAUUUCAGUUGUAAAUGUUUGUUUUUAUAAGAAAAAAACUGAAAUAAAAGAGCGUUGAAGCCAAAA